GGGGUGUCCCCUGAUCCUCGCUUAAAAACAAUAGAGCUCUUCUGUGUGUACUGGCCGGGAAAAGAAGAUAGCAGGAAAAAGAAGAUAGCAGGGAAACAAGACUAGAUCUACAAUACAUAGACCUAGAUCAUCAUCAUCAUCAUGCCGACAUUAGUUUGCACCAAAUGCGGCAGCCAAGCUAAAGUCCAACAAAGGGGACAGGCGCCAUUCUACUGUCGAAGCUGCAGGACAUUGGCAAGACAGCAAGAAGAAGUGCAGGAUAUGGCCUGCGAAGUACAAGUAGCAAGAAACAACGAUAAGAUACAUGCCAUUUGCAUCGAAGAAAAUGCAGCAGGAAUUUCGGCGCUGCAGAGGGAAGUGGCAGCUUUGAAACAGGAGCAGGACUUAUUGAAGGCCGAACGGGUCAGACAGGAAAGUGAAGAGAGGCAACAGAGGCUUAAACUGGAAAGUGAAGAAAGACAACUGAAGCUCAAACUGGAAAGUGAAGAAAGACAACUGAAGCUCAAACUGGAAAGUGAAGCAAGAGAAAAUGAAAAAACUAGAGAGAGUGAAAUGCAAAAAAUUAAGCUUCAAAAUGAAUUUGAUCUGGAGAAGCUCAAAAUUGAAGAACAAAAGGCAGUUGAGAUAGCACAAUUAAAUACUGAAGCCAAAACUCAAGAAGCACUAACGGCUCAGGCAGAAGCUGCUAAAGCUAAAGCAGAGGCAUCUGUCAACAUAAAGAAAGAAAUGAAUAAAGCACUUGAGAAAGUAAGCAAGACAAAGAAUCCACAAGCAGCAAUUGCUGUGAUCAAGCAUUUCCGUGAUGCUCCAGAAGAUGAUCAGAGUACCACGAGCACACUCAGCUCUGACGAUAUCAUGAGUAGUUAUGCAACAGAAAAUGCCCCUGACGAUCCAUUGGCAUUUGGUGUGAAUGAAAAUUGGACUAAACUGCACAGGAGAGUAAACACUGCUCCAUGCGACAACGCUCACAAGGCAUACUAAGUUGUGAAUGUCUGUUGUAAAACAGAAUUUUUUAAUACUGCUAUUGUUUUUGUGGUAAAUAAAUGUUGUUUUUAAAAAUUAA